GCCGCAGCCCUCUCUCUCCCACAGACCGAAAAGUGGGACAGCGGGGAAGGAAGGAACCGUGGAAGGGGAAUACUGGUUCCACUAGCGCCAUAACUUUUUUGAGGCGCUUUUAUCGUGUUUACUCGUACAAGUAUGAAACUUUACCGGACCUCAACAUCUGGUGGGUGUGAUUAAAAGCGCUGGGAUUUAAUUCAACACUGGAAAGCCGAGGACGCCCGACCGCGGCCGAUCACCCCAGUCUGGUUAUCAUAGUUAGCUGGUUGCUAGCUGCGCAUCGCGAGAACACCGCCGCCGACUACCAUAGACAGCUGUGGAUCUCGCGCGAACACCCAUUAAAAGGUUCGUGAGUCUCUGGAUAAAAAGUACGGUUUUUAUACGUUAUUAAGUCCAGAGUAAUGUUGCCUCCCGGGGUUACCUUUAGAUACGGAUGAGAAGGUGCUAGUUUCAGGCGGGGACCACGGAGAGAAACACAAAAACUGCAUGCCAGACAACAACGAGCACCACCGCUAUGUUGGGGUCGAGUCCCGGGUGUGAGCCCCGGGUCCCGGGGCUUCGGGCCUGGCCUCACUGGGUGCUGUGGAGGCUGGGGGGACUCCUGUGUCUGCUCGGCCUGGAGGGGGCCUUCUGCCUCGCCGGCCCCGGCAGCUCCCCGGCCGUCAGCAACAACAACGAGGGGGUCAACGUCUACAUGAGCCUGGAGGAGGUGAAGAAGUUUCUGGGGCUCGACGCGGAGCUGUACUACGUGCGGGACAACGUGGUCAGCCACUUCGCUCUCUCCUUCAUCAUGCCCGUGCCCAGCGACACCAACAGCCUGCACUUCACCUGGUUCUCCAAGACAAAGGCAGACUACCGGUUGGGCUUCCAGGUGGAGAACCCCGCCGCCAUGAACCAGCCCAAGAGCAACAUCUCCAACCUGGGGGAGGUGCCCACGGUCUCCUCCGUGUUCCGCGUGGACCUGUUCUGCUCGGGGAAGGUGGAUGGGGAGGCACUGCUCACGGUCCAGCUCAACCUCACCAUCCAGGCCUCCAACUUCACAGUGCUCAACUUCAAGAGGAGGAAAAUCUGCUACAAACGAAUAGACUCUGAACCAAAGAUCCCUACCCUCUCCAACAAUGACACCCUUCAAAGACCUGAUGUGGAAGGCAUCAGCACCCCCACCACCUCCACCCGGGUUUUCUACAUCAGCGUCAGCGUCUGCUGCAUCGUCAUCUUCCUGGUGGCCAUCAUCCUGGCCAUCCUCCACCGGCACAGCAUGAAGAGGGUGGAGAUGGAGGACAGUGUGAGUGACAGCGGGAGUUCCCAGGGCCUCUCCCAGCCCUCCACCCAGACUACCCAGUACCUGCGGGCCGACACCCCCAACAACGCAGCCUCCGUCACCAGCUACCCGUCGCUGCGCAUCGAGAAGAACGACCUCCGCAGCGUGACCUUGAUGGAGGCCAAGGCCAAGGUCAAGGACAUCGCCAUCUCCCGGGAGAGGGUCACACUGCGGGACGUCCUGCACGAAGGCACGUUUGGACGCAUCUUCAACGGCCUCCUCCUGGACGAGAAGGACCCCACCAAAGAGAAGCAGGUCUUUGUGAAGACAGUGAAAGAUAAUGCGUCAGAGUCCAGUCUGUUGCCCAUCAGCCAGGUGUGCACGGAGGACGGGGAGUCGCCCAUGCUACUGCCCUUCAUGGCCUGGGGAAACCUCAAGCUCUUCGCGCCAGUGCAAGCUAGCGAGGCUACCAACCCCCAGGCGGUUUCUCAACAGGACCUGGUCUACAUGGUGAUCCAGGUGGCGUGUGGGAUGAGCUACCUGGCCCGUCGAGAGGUCAUCCACAAAGACCUGGCUGCCAGGAACUGUGUCAUCGAUGACAACAUGCAGGUGAAGAUCACGGACAACGCCCUGUCCCGGGACCUGUUCCCCAUGGACUACCACUGCCUGGGGGACAACGAGAACCGUCCGGUCCGCUGGAUGGCGCUGGAGAGUCUGCUCAACCACGACUUCUCCAGCGCCAGCGACGUGUGGGCGUUUGGCGUGACGCUGUGGGAGCUGAUGACCCUGGGCCAGACGCCCUACGUGGACAUCGACCCCUUCGAGAUGUCGGCCUACCUGAAGGACGGCUACAGGAUAGCUCAGCCAAUCAACUGCCCUGACGAGCUGUUUGCGGUGAUGGCGUGCUGCUGGGCGCUGGACCCGGAGGAGCGGCCCAAGUUCCAGCAGCUGGUCCAGUGCCUGACCGAGUUCCACGCCGCCCUGGGCGCCUACGUGUGACCCGCCCCCCCGUUGUCUAUAGUCCCGCCCCCGAGAACUGGCCGGACGCUGUCUAUAGCCCCACCCCCUGAGAACCAACCAGGACGCUGCGCCCCCUGAGAACCACCAGGACACUGUCUAUAGGCCCGCCCCCUGGGAAUCAACCAGGACGCUUUCUAUAGUCCCGCCCCCUGAGAACCAAACAGGACGCUUUCUACAGCCCCGCCCCCUGAGAACCAACCAGGAUGCUUUCUAUAGUCCCGCCCCUUGAGAACAACCAGGACGCUGUCUAUAGUCCCACCCCCUGAGAACCAACCAGGACGCUGUCUAUAGUCCCGCCCCUGAGAACCACCAGGACGCUGUCUAUAGUCCCCGCCCCUGAGAACCACCAGGCCGCUUUCUAUAGUCCCGCCCCUGAGAACAACCUGGUCACUUUCUAUUGUCCCGCCAGGACGCUUUCUAUAGUCCCGCCCCUGAGAACAACCAGGAUGCUUUCUAUAGUCCCUCCCCCUGAGAGCCCUCAUCUUGUGAAGGGGCUGAAAUCGUGCCUUUUUAUAGAACUAUGUAUAUAAACUAAUUACACCAAACGUUGAAUUAGUUAUAUAUAUAUAUAUAUUAUACAAAACAAGAAAGCAGCAUCUGUUACGGUUGGAUUUGUAAAGUUUUUUUUAUUAUAGUAUAGCGGUUUUACAUUUUUACAGAAUUGUUACGUGCUUUUUUUAUAUCUUCCACAAGCUUUAAAGGCGCUGGGGGUUCCCCCCCCCCCCCCCCCCCUGCCAGCAUGCUACCAUGUACGGACUCGAACCCCCAACCUUACUGACAGUAUUCUACACGCUGGGGUGGAGCUUUGUAGAGUGCUUCCCAGCGGCCCGGGGGGGAGGGGGCGAACCAGUGAGGGGGGGGGCCAGUAGGGGGGGGGGGCCAGCAGGGGGCGCUCCAUGGUAUUAUUUGUAUAUAUUCCUGUUCUCCACAACAGUCUUUCGGUACGAGGAGCUUCUUCACACGGACGUUUCCAUGGCGACCCCUAACAAUGCUCGACGGAUGUUGCCGCUUAUUACAUUUUCAUUUUUUUUUCUUCCGGAAGACACGGUAAAAAAAACAAAAAAGAAAACACCAUGUGCCACAGACCCCUGAUGAUGACCUCCGACCUCUGUAGGUCACGUCACACGUUCACGCGACACGGCCUGGUCUUCAAGAUGAACUCACGACACGGGUCAUUGGUUGGCGUGGUCGAUGUACUCGUAUUGGUGAUUGAUCAGAAGCUAUUGUUUGACGUUUUUUAUUUUUAUUUUAUAUUAUAUAUAUAUAUUGUUUUUAUUUGCUGGUUUGCCAUCAUUUCAGAUUUGUGAAUUCCGCCAUUUUGUCCGGUUUCGUACGUUUUGUCAACGGAACCGGAACCCAGAACCAGAACCUUCGACCGGACCGGAACCACGACCCGGACGGCGUUCUGUCAUCGGUGAACACGUGGAACAGGAACCAUCACUGUGAAACAGGAGAGACUGCUGACCCCCCCCGUCCCUGGGAUGAGUGCGGAGGUCGCUGCAUGCCUGUGUGGGUCGCUGGCUCCCAGCCGCUCUCUGAAUGAAUCUUUUUCACACAUUAAACGGGACCUGCUCAACAUCG